AUGGUGCAGAUUAGUGAAGUGAAGGAUCAAUCAAGUGGCAAUACUGGAGCAGUUGCGGCUAGGACGGCGGCUCAUACGCACAUCAAAGGGCUUGGUUUAGAUGAAUUUGGUGUUGCGAAGCAGGUGGAGGGGGGUUUUGUUGGACAGGUGGAGGCGCGUGAAGCGUGUGGGGUGCUUGUAGAUCUGAUCAAGUCCAAGAGGAUGUCAGGGAAGGCUAUUUUGCUUGCCGGUGGGCCUUCCACUGGUAAGACGGCUUUGGCGCUGGCUAUAACUCAGGAAUUGGGUCCCAAAGUGCCUUUCUGCCCGUUAGUUGGUUCAGAGCUGUAUUCUGCGGAGGUGAAGAAGACGGAGACUCUGAUGGAGAAUUUCAGACGAGCCAUUGGAUUGCGGAUAAAAGAGACGAAGGAGGUUUAUGAAGGUGAGGUAACUGAGUUAACCCCAGAAGAAGCGGAGAAUCCAUUGGGAGGAUAUGGCAAGACAAUUUCCUAUGUAGUUGUUGGGUUGAAGUCUGCAAAGGGAACCAAGACGUUGCGAUUAGAUCCUACUAUUUACGAAAGUAUCCAGCGUGAAAAGGUUAGCGUCGGUGAUGUAAUUUAUAUUGAGUCCAAUUCUGGUGCUGUGAAACGGGUGGGGAGAUCUGACGCGUACGCUACUGAAUUCGAUUUGGAGGCAGAGGAGUACGUUCCGCUGCCCAAAGGUGAAGUGCAUAAGAAAAAGGAAAUUAUUCAAGAUGUUACAUUGCAUGAUCUAGAUGUGGCGAACGCUAGGCCUCAAGGUGGCCAAGAUGUUAUCUCUAUGAUGGGCCAGCUAAUGAAACCCAAAAAGACUGAGAUCACAGAGAAGUUGAGACACGAAGUAAACAAGGUCGUAGCAACAUACAUUGAACAAGGUGUGGCUGAGUUGGUGCCGGGUGUUUUGUUCAUUGACGAAGUAAACAUGUUAGAUAUUGAAAUCUUUACCUAUCUAAACAGAGCCCUGGAAUCCUCAAUUGCUCCAAUCGUUGUAUUGGCCUCGAAUAGAGGGAUGAAUACUGUUCGUGGUACAGAUGAUGUAGUUUCUCCCCAUGGAAUUCCGCCAGAUUUGAUUGAUAGACUACUGAUUGUGCGUACUUUGCCAUACAACAGACAAGAGAUUCGCACAAUUAUUGAAAAGAGAGCAAAAGUUGAAAACUUGGAUCUUAAAGAAGAUAGUUUGGAUCUUUUAGCUACAAUGGGUGCAGAUACCUCUUUACGUUAUGUAUUGCAGCUAUUAUCUCCAUCAGGAAUCUUGGCUAAUUCCUCUGGCCGUUCUGAGAUUCUUCCCUCGGACAUUGAAGAAGCGAAACUUCUGUUUUUGGAUGCAAAGAGGUCCACCAAAAUCCUAGAAUCAAGUGCAAACUAUUUGUAA